AUGGGUGAAAAUUUUAUUGGAUGCAGAGUUAGCGUUUCCAAAGCACGACUAGAUUGCAAAUUUUAUUCUGCCAUUGUGAUUGUUAGUGUUGCCGUAACGGUGGCAGUAUAUUUAUCGCAAUUUGAAGAUGUAGGUGUAAUUAUUUGGUUAUCCGUGUUCAAUGUCGAAAUCCUGUUCAUAUCGUUUCGGCCAAUAGAUUUUGUUGGCUUCGCCAAUAUGGAGCCUAUCGACUCCAACGUUAAAGAGGCCGGAAAUCUUUCGGCGGAUCGAGCAUGGGAGCAAAAUGAGUCUUCCCCAAUCAGACACAUUGCUUGCAUGAAUUUGCCUGGUGGACUAUAG